GUCCCUAGUUCUUCUCUUGCUCUCCCUCUCACACCCUCUCUCUUCUUUUUCGAUUUCUUCUCCUAUUGCCGGAAGCAUACGGCACUCUCGUUCCUUGUGAUACGGAGAAAUCGAAACUUUUUAGGAAGUCUUCAACGCCUCCUACUUGUCUCUCCGGGCCCGCCCCCAUUCUACCUCUUUCCUCGUAUUCAAAUCCCUCCACCAUGACCUCCAUUCUCACCACACCUGUCCACCAACCCUUCUCUGUGUCUCUCUGAGUUGCCCGGUUGUUGUUAAUGUUGGUUUCGGCGUAGAAUUGGUUUCACUGCCUUUGAUGUUUCCCACUGGGAAGAGAGAAGGGUGAGGCAGUGAGAGUCUGGAGAUAAUUGGAAGGAAGAACAUGGUCAUGGCUUCGCCAUCUCUUUUGGUCCUUGUUUCGCUGGGGUUUUUCUUGGCAACUUACAACGUUGUGACAGUGGUCAUCCACAACCAGAGAGGGGAAUCAUCGAGAGAAUUAAUCGAAAAGAGGUCCCAGGAUCCUGUUGUUCGGAUGCCCGACGAGUUCAAGAAAUCGGCGGCACCCAAGCGGCCAUUCCAUGUGGCUGUCACAGCCAUGGAUGACCCUUACACCAAGUGGCAGUGCCGGAUAAUGUAUUACUGGUACAGGAAGAUGAAGGACAUGGAGGGGUCAGAGAUGGGAGGGUUCACAAGGGUGCUGCAUUCAGGAAGAGGUGAUGAUCUGAUGGAGGAGAUCCCUACUUUUAUCGCCGAUCCCCUCCCGGCUGGUGCGGAUCGGGGUUACAUUGUCUUGAACAGGCCUUGGGCCUUUCUUCAAUGGUUGGAAAAAGCAAAGAUUGAGGAAGAGUAUAUACUAAUGGCUGAACCUGAUCACAUCUUUGUGAAACCUUUGCCAAACUUGUCUCGAGGAAAUUACCCAGCAGCAUUCCCAUUCUUCUACAUUAAACCAUCGAAACAUGAAAAGAUAAUAAGGAAGUUCUAUCCAGAAGUAAAGGGUCCAGUAACAAAUGUUGACCCAAUUGGCAAUUCUCCUGUAAUUAUUAAAAAGUCUCUGCUGAAGCAAAUUACUCCUACUUGGGUGGAUGUCUCCAUAAAUAUGAAAGAUGAUCCGGAGGCCGACCAAACUUUUGGAUGGGUAUUAGAAAUGUAUGGAUAUGCUGUUGCCAGUGCAUUGCAUGGAGUGAAACAUAUUCUAUGUAAAGAUUUUAUGAUACAGCCUCCUUUUGACUUCACGGUGGGAAAGGCAUACAUCAUCCACUAUACUUAUGGAUGCGACUAUACAUUAAAGGGUGAACUAACUUAUGGAAAAAUUGGGGAGUGGCGAUUUGACAAGAGAGCAUAUCUUCGUGGCCCACCACCAAGAAACCUUUCAUUACCCCCUCCAGGAGUUCCUGAAAGUGUGGUUACACUGGUACAGAAGGUGAAUGAGGCUACAGCUAACAUUCCUGGGUGGGAUGGCGGAACGUAGCGAUAUUCUGAGAGAUGUGCAGUGCAGUUCCGGGAAAAAAGUAGUUCUGACAGCUUAGAUCAAAUAAAGAAGCAAAGAGAGUACAUGCAGUUCGCAGGUUAAAUGUUUUGUUCACACAGAAGAUGAAAAUAAGAAUUUGACUCUUCUAACAACUGUUUCAAAAUCUUAUAAACUUUUUUAUCAAUAAAGAGGUUGCAAUUGAUUGCUGGUGCAUCUUCAGAUUUCUUUCA